GAGCAAACCCAAACAGAUCCUUCUUAACAGACUCGAAAGUUAAAACUUCCUUUUCCCUGCUUCAUUUCUCUGCCCACAAAGCCAAACACGCUGCAAGAAUUCCAGCUGCAUACUAUCUUGUCCCCUUUCUGAAGCUGGUCAAGCAUGGGAAACAAACCUGUUAAACAAGAAAGAGAAGCUGUGUCUCCAUUGGCACCAAACAGGCCAGAGUUUCUCUUAAAAAUCAUGCCACCAUUGGACCAUGCUUAUGUUCGGUGGCUUGCUCGUGAUCUUGAGAGGAUUCAUGGCUUUACUCCAAGAAAUUGCCGUGCAGUGACACCACCAGAUCAUUAUGUUGAAUACAUGCGAUCACAUGGUUGGUUGGAUGUGAACCUGGAUGAUCCUGAUCUGGCUCAUUUGUUUCCCAGUAAAUAAUCAUGUAAUCAAGGCAGGUGGUGAUCCUCUUACUAGAAGUGUAAUUAGGGAAAUGGAAUUUCUAAUCUUUGCUGGAAAGUUGAACAUGAGAGGUGGGCUGUUUAUCAAAUCAUCAUCAUCAUCAUUUUGCUGCAGAUGUGUUGCAAGAACUUAAGAUAAUUUGUAAUAUCAGAAAUCCCUAGAGGGACAAGAAACUCUUUAGAUAAUCAGUUAUGCUUCCUGGUAUAAAUAUUGGUGCAUUUCCAAUGUCAGGAAGCAGAGUUGACAAAGGUAACAGGAAAUGUGUGUCUUGUGAUAUCUUGCUUCUAAACAGACUUGAAAAAGGUUAAGCAGGAAA